AUGUUUGGAACAAUUUCUGAAGAGAUUGAAGUUCAUGUGCCAGCAAAUGAAGCUUGGAAAAUCUAUGGCACUAUUCAACUAGCACAUAUUGUAGUUAAAGAGCUUCCGAAUAUCAUUCAUAAGGUCGAUAUACUCGAAGGUGAUGGUGGUGUUGGAUCAGUCCUCAAAGUAACAUUUCCACCAGGAACACCACUUUUGACAUCUCACAAAGAGAAAUUUGUUGUUAUUGAUGAUGAUAAGAGGGUGAAAAUAGCUCAAGUUGUGGAAGGUGGACUUCUUGAUCUUGGAUUUACACUUUAUAAGGUUAAGUUUGAAGUCAUAGAGAAAGGUAAAGAAAUAUGUAUCACAAAAUCAACAAUUGAGUAUGAAGUCAAGGAAGAAGCAGUAGCUAAUGCCUCAUUUGGGAUUGGUCAUGUACAAAAUAACGAACCAGUCCAACCACAAGAUAGCAAACUGGCCAUGGAAGCAGAUUUGAAGGAUAAAAGUUACCCACAAGGUAUCAAUUUUUGUAUGGUUACUAGCAAAGGAGGCCACUCUAACAGUGGACAACUUAAUGAGCAGAGGUAUGACACUGUGCUCAAGAUGCUUCCUGUGUGA